AUGGUGACAUGGAGUACUAUGACACCAACCGAUCAAUCAAUUGUCGAAUAUGGGAUAAAUACACUGAACAUCGCAGUAAAUGGUAGCAGUACAACAUUUGUGGAUGGCGGAGAAGCAAAACAUACACAGUACAUACACAAUGUCAAACUCACUGGCUUGAAUCCAGGGCAGAAUUAUAAAUACCACUGCGGAAGUUCAGAUGGUUGGAGUUCUAUAUAUUCAUUCACUGCUAUGCCAAGUGGAUCCAAUUGGAGCCCACGUUUUGCUGUAUUUGGUGACAUGGGUAACGUCAAUGCACAGUCAGUUGGGGCGCUACAACAAGAAACGCAAAAAGGACACUUUGAUGCAAUUCUUCACGUUGGCGAUUUUGCAUAUGAUUUUGACAGCAAUGAUGGAGAAACCGGCGACGAGUUUAUGCGACAAAUUGAACCAAUUGCAGCUUAUAUACCAUAUAUGGCAUGUGUUGGAAAUCACGAGAAUGCUUAUAAUUUUUCUCACUACAAAAAUCGUUUUCACAUGCCCAAUUUUGAAAAUAACAAGAACCAGUGGUUUAGCUGGAACAUUGGACCUGCCCACAUCAUAUCAAUAUCAACCGAAAUCUACUUUUAUAUAAAUUAUGGAGUGCAACAAUUAAAAAACCAAUGGGAGUGGUUGCAACAGGAUUUGGAGGAAGCCACUAAACCAGAAAAUCGUGCCAAACGACCGUGGAUUAUAACAAUGGGUCACCGUCCUAUGUAUUGUUCUAAUAACGAUCACGAUGACUGCACAAGGUUUCUAAGUAUCGUUAGAACUGGUUACCUUGGAAUGUAUGGAUUAGAACACUUGUUUUAUAAAUAUGGUGUUGACUUGGAAUUGUGGGCUCAUGAACACAGUUAUGAAAGACUGUGGCCUGUGUAUGACUUGAAGGUUUAUAACGGCAGUGUGGAUGCACCGUACACCAAUCCUAAAGCUCCUGUACAUAUUAUUACUGGAUCAGCUGGAUGUAAAGAAGAUCAUGACGGAUUCCAACCACCAUAUCGUCCAUGGAGUGCAUUUCGUCGUCAAGAUUACGGCUACACUAGAAUGCAAAUCUUGAACAACACACACCUGUACAUGGAACAAGUGUCUGAUGACAAGAAAGGCGAAGUGAUUGACAAUCUUUGGUUGAUUAAAGAAAAGCAUGGACCAUAUAAUGGGUAACAAUAUAGAACAUUGUAUCCUGCUUAUUGAAUUACUUCUACCAGAUGAAAUACAACAUUCUAAAUCAGGUU